AUGGAGCAAUCGCCGAGGGCCCUUGGUUCCUCAUCUGGCAAGCUGAUGCUGCAGAAGCCUUCGUUAUCAAACAAGCAGCAGUCGGCACAUCCGGAUUCAGCCUCGAAGAUCCCGAGCCUGAUUCCUGCGAACCAGGGAACCAAGAUAAUGUCAACAUUUAGGUUACCCCAGAUGGAAAAUUUGGCCCAGAUUGCAAUACCUCCGAAUCUUGGUCAUCAGCAGCUUGCAUCAAAAAAUAAAAGAAAAUCGCCCACAGAAAAGUCACCCAAGCCCCAGAAUGUUUUCUCCGCCCAUCAAGCCGCAAUUCUAACCAACAGAAGAGCUUCGCCCGCUGAGAAGUCACUAAAAGCUCGAAACGAGUCUUUUGAAUCAGUUAGAUCAAAACUUCGGGAGUCCUUGGCUUCUGCGCUGGUUCUUGGGUCAGGUGAGAAAGCCAAGCCUCUAGAUGUAGAGAAGUCCUAUGCUCAGGAAACCAAGCCCAAAGACCCAAUCACCGUCAGUCAACAAGGUGAUAUAUCCUCUACGUCAGCUCCGCCGGAGACACCUUUGGAUCCCAUGGGCAGAAAUCAUGAUGUUGCCCAUAAAUCUGACGCUAGUAGUUUUGCAGGAUUUGUUUCCAUAGGCGAAAAUGCAGAUAACGUAGCCAAUACGAGGGAUUCUUUUGCAAAAGAGGAGGACACCCCAUUCAACGACUUCGCCUUGAAAGAUGACCUCUUGCAGGAAAAUGGUCUCUGCUGGGUAGCGGACGUUGGUCCUGAAAGGUCUGAGUCGAGGGACGGUGGUGCCUCCAAACGGGCCAAGCUGGACCCUGAUGAAAUUGCAGUGGACCCCAAGGAAUCAGAGGAUAGAAACCGAGCUCUGGCGGCUAGUAUCGAAGCAGAACUGUUUAGGUUAUUUGGAGGCGUGAAUAAGAAGUACAAGGAGAAGGGUAGAUCCCUACUGUUUAAUCUCAAAGAUCCGAGCAACCCCGAGCUACGGGAACGAGUAAUAUCUGGAGAAAUAACCCCUCAGCGUCUCUGUUCUAUGUCUGCUGAGGAGCUCGCUUCGAAAGAGCUCACGGAAUGGCGGAUCGCCAAGGCCGAGGAGUUUGCCCACAUGGUGGUCCUGCCCGAUUCAGAUGUUGAUUUAAGGCGCGUGGUGAAGAAGACCCAUAAGGGAGAGUUUCAAGUGGAAGUCGAACGAGAUGACAGUGGUUCAGUGGAGGUCGCCAUUGGCGCAAAUUCACUACCCCUAGUUCUGCCAAGAAGAGCGAGUGAACCAAAGAGCAAUUCAAAAUCGGUCAGCAAUUCGAAACCAAAUGAAGCUGAUGGGUCUGAUAAUUCGGGGCUACCUGAGAAUGCCGACUCUGAAGCACUAGAACUCUCCAGCAACCUGACUACUCUUCCACACGACAUGCAGGAUCUGAUAGUGGAUGUAAAAGGUGCAGAAAACCUGCCUCCGAUUGUGUCUCUUGACGAGUUCAUGGAAGCCCUUGAUUCCGAGCCGCCGUUUGAGAACUUGUCGGGAGGUGCCGAACAGCACCCACAGACAGAUGAUGGGGGAGCCGGCAGCUCAGAUGCACAGGUCGAUACUUCGUCAGGCAAACCAGAUGGCAAGCCAGAUGCAACUCCCAGUCGCACGCUCGCCGGAGACCCCUUGGAUGCAUCUGCGUCUCAACCCGAUGAAAUCGAAGCUAAAGCAAAGGAUGCAGACGCCGAGGAUGACCCGGCAGUUGGAACUUCCAAGGCCGAUGCAGAGAACCCCACCCCGACUCUUGCAUCCAAUGGUGGACAUUUAUGGGAGGGUGUGAUUCAGUUGAACAUCUCUUCUCUUGUCACCGUCUUGGCCGUCUUCAGAAGGUUUGCUGCUUUCUUGAAUCAUCACUUCCGCUCUUCUUCGAUACAAACUAAUAGCUUCAUCUCCCGGCCUCUAUUUUGCGCUAAAUGAUUAAAAAAAUAUGAUCUGUGGCGUCCUUUUCAUUUAAUCCUCUUUUUUUUUUUUUUUUUUGGUAAAAUAGUAUGCACGAAUUACCAUACUUGGUUGUGUUUCAAGCUCGGCUCUCUGAUCUCUGUUUCUUCUGUGGCAGCGGCGAGAAGGUGUCCACCAAGGACUGGCCCACUUUCGUGGAGGUCAAGGGGAGAGUCCGGGUCGAAGCCUUUGAGAAGUUCCUCCGGGACCUUCCUCUCUCCAAAAGCCGUGCUAUGAUGGUAGUUCCCUCCGCCGACGCAUUGCACUGCUUCGUUGACCCCACUGUCAUUGACCCACCGAUUCGUUCUUCCUUCCGGCUACAUCUGGUUUUGAGUACUGCCCGGAAGAGGGCCGUCAUUUCUCGCCCCAGAGUGGCGACUUCUGUGUAUGAUCAGAGUUUGAAAAUCUUCGACCAAAUGAUGCCUUGUGAGGGGAGGAGGAGAUAUAAGUUCGCCGUUGCAAAUAGCCGUUGACUAUUAUUAUUAUUAUUAUUAGUAUUAUUAAAACUUAGUGCCAUAAGAUGAAGAAUUGUGGAAUAUAGUACGUUCGGAUCUCUGAUUCCUACGUUUCUGAGGUCAAAGAUUUCGGGCUUUUUACUGUUUUUAGAUGCUCUCCGCCGCCGCUUAUGUAUUCUGUUGAAAGCUCGGCGACUGACCCUGGCUGCUUCUCUGUGCGCAGGUGGUCGAUCUUCGCUGGAAGGAGGGGUCCCCCGAGGGGGGCCUUAGGGCCAUCUCCGAGGUGAGCUUCCUCUCCCCCUCUUGCAGAGCUUCAUCCUCUUCUUCUUCUUCUUCUUCUUCUUCCUUCUAAGGUUCUUCCUUGAUGUUGACGACGCCGCCCUCUCUCUCUCUCUCUCUCUCUCUCUCUCUCUCUCGCUAAUCUAUCCUCCUUGGUGGUGUUGCAGGCGGUGGAGUCGUACGUAGCGGAUGGGAGGCUGGGGUACGUUGAGCCCUGCCCGGGGGUGGAGCUCUACGUGUGCCCGCCGGGAGGGAAGACCGCGCAGAUGCUCGGCGAGCACGCUGCCGCGGUGGCGGAGCCAGCGGAGGCCGCGGCGCCGGCCGAGGGCGGCCUGGUGGGCGUAGUUGUAUGGCGGAGGGCGCUGGUGGAGUCCCCCAGACUGCUCUCCUCCUCCCACCACCACCACCACCAAAAACAUUCCUCCUCUUCCAAAAGAUCGUCCCUUUCUAGGAAACAGCAACAGCGCCCCCUCCCCGGUAGCCUCACCCGCGAGCCCCCCGCCGAGCUCAACCCCAAGCCCAGGGCGGAGGACGCCGGCGAGGACCUCCCGCCGGGGUUCGGCCCCGCCGGCGCCGGCGCGGGGGAGGAAGACGACCUUCCUGAGUUCGACUUCCGCAGAGGCUCCCUACCCGCUGCGGCGGCGCCGCGGCCGGCGUACCACAUGAGGGAGCUGAUACAUAAAUAUGGCCAGGGCGAGGGUGCAGCAGCUGUUGCCGGCCGUGUGCAGCUUACCCCCGCGCGGCCGUGGGAGGACGACGACGACGACGAUAUUCCCGAGUGGCGGCCUCAGACAGUGCGUCCCCAUCCUCCUCAGCAGGCGUUCUUGCCCCAUCUGACAAAUCAACGGCAGCAGCAGCAGCAGUUCAUCGUCCCCCCUCCGCCAGAGCAUCCGCAGUUCCUUCCCCGCGCCGCCGCCCAGCCCGGCGGGUGGGGGCCCUACGGCGGUAGGCCGAUGGAUGGACAAGGCUUUGCGGCGGGAGACCAGCGGAGUGCGAUGGACUGGAGAUACGAUGUACCUAGGAGCAGGGGCUUGUGA